AUGAGGAAUAUAUCAGUGAUGACAGCCAGUUUCCUAACUUUCUGGUGUUAUCUCUUCACUUCAAUGAUUUCCAUUAAUUGUGAUAUUUAUUUGGACACUGCGUAUGGAAGAUUUCGAGGUAAAAUCAUGGAAUCCCGAAAGGGGAGGAACUUCUCAGCAUUCCGCGGUGUACCUUACGCUUCACCGCCCAUCGGCAGUUUACGGUUUUCGGAUCCUGUACUAGCCACCCCCCGCUUUGUUAAAGCUCAAUCCGACAAAGCAAGGUGCAUCCAACGAAUUGUAAGUCCUAUGGAGGACGAAAUUAUAGGUGUGGAAGAGUGUCUGCACUUGAAUAUCUACACGCCGUUGCUGGCAAAUCGGCAAAAAUCUUCUAUGCCUAGAUAUCCAGUCAUGGUAUGGAUCCAUGGUGGGGGGUUUCAGACUGGUUCAGGACAUUCAUCUUAUUACAGUCCCACAUACUUACUGGAUCAUAACAUUGUUUUGGUUACCUUGAAUUAUAGACUUGGACCAUUUGGGUUUCUUAGUACUGGAGACGAAGUCAUGCCAGGCAACUAUGGUUUGAAAGAUCAGCUUGCGGCGUUGAAAUGGGUCAACAAAUAUAUUGUAUUUUUUGCUGGUGAUACAGGUAGCAUUACGCUCUUCGGAAAUGGGGCUGGUGCUGCUAGCGCCUAUUACUUCAUGAUGGCUUCAGGAACGGAAGGUGAUAUUAUACUUUGUGGUUAA